AUGAGGCAGAAGAGGCCCAGAGCGCUCAGCCCGGCGGCAGCCCGGCGGAGGGGAGGUAACGGCGAGGUCCCCGCCUCCACCAGCCUGCCGCCGCUCGUCGAGGGUCCGCUGCGCUGCUUUCUGCGCUGCACCGUCUCCAGGCUUCUAUGGACGGUCGCCAAGCCGCCCGCCGCUGCCCUGGUCCGGCUGAGGUGGUGGGGGGAGACCUCGGACGGGACCGUGUUCCAGCCUGCCGCCCGGCCGGGACAGCCGGCGGGCAGAACCAGCGCCCGCUACGCCGUCCGCUGCGGCACCAGGCAGUUCGCUGCCUACCUGACAGACAUGGCUGUGCUUGUCCUGGAGGUGAUGACCAAACCUGAGCAUCUUCCAGCUGGCAGAGUGCACAUCACUGGCCUGUCCCAGCUCUCUCCCAGCAACCCCAUCAAGGGCUGCUUCUCCAUAGUGUCACCAACAGCUGAGAAGCUGGGAGAGCUGCAGGUCUCCCUUGUUCUAGAACCUCUGCCAGAGCUGUAUGACACCAGCAGCUCCAUCCCAACCACAGAUGCAAGCUUGGAUCCUCCUCCUGCUCAGGGAAGGAGCAAGCUCCAGUUUCUGGCUCCAUCCCAGCAGCCCCCAGUGACUGUUGGUGACCAAGAGUUUGGUGACAACAGCAAAGCCACCACUCCCAGAAGAAAAGACCAUCUGCUCUUGGAAGAGAACUCUGAAAACAUCAAAGACCCUUUGGCUGCUCCUCAUCACCACCUGAUUUUGCCAGAAGAUUCUUUGCAGGUGAAUCCCUCAGAGCACCAAGUCUCAUUCUCCACCAGCACUGACCUGGAAGCAUCUCCCAGAACCAACCUGAGGUUGCUCUCCUUGCAUAACCCAGCUACAAAAGACCUGCUCUCAGCAAUCCUGGAUCAAGGCAAGAAACUCCGUGAUGCCAUGGUUGUGUCUGCCAUGAAAUCCACCCCAGACAUGGAGCUGGAACUCCAUCAGGUGUCUCCUUUCAGUGAGGGAGAAGGUCUCAAAGCACCAGCAAAGAGCCCCAAAAGCUUCACCUCCAACUUUGUGCCUGGUGCUGAUGAUCCCAAGCUCCCCACAUCCCAGGCUGCAGGUCACCCAUGGGACCUAACCUCUGAGGAGAGAGCAAUAGAGUUGCUCUUGGGCAGCUCUGAUUUGUCUCCUGUGCACCUCUGGGACCGGACAAGUUCCCUGUUGGAGUCACUGUCUCUGGGCAGUGAGGUCUAUGAGAGUGAGCUCAAUGAUCCCCAUUAUGACCAGAGCCUGCUGGAGAGUCUUUUUUACUCAGCUCCUAAAUCUGACUCCAGCCUCAGUGAUUUCCUCAGUGAUGAUGAUGUGAACUCCUCCAAAAAGGUGACCAAGAGAGAAGCUCUCAAGAAGGCUGCUCCAAUGAUUCCCCAGAAGGACUCUGAGCAGGAUCAGAAGGUGACAGAAAUUCAAUCCAGUUUGUCUCCUGCUAGGCCAUUUGCUCCUCCACAAGACCAAGCAGAAGGCGUUUCUGUGAGGUCCUUGGGUGCAGACAGGUUGGCAGUGCUGGAGCGAAUCCACCUGGCCAGAGUCAUCAUUGGGAGCUUGAAAAUCCCUCCUGAGAGCAUCCAGAGAAGCCCAAGGAAGAAAGGGCUGAUGGGGAAACCCCCAAGGCCUGCAGCCCUCACCAAGUGCACCUUCUUUGUGGAGUUCCACUUCCCUGUGGGAGCCUCCAAGGAUGACAGGGGCCAGGUGUCCCUCUCCACAGAAGUGAUUCGAGUGGCCUCCAGUAAAGUCACAGAUGAUGUGGUGAAGUUCCAGCAGCACUUUGUCCUCCCUGUUGCCUUUGGGAGAAGCCUGAUAGAGCACUGGUGGAGCUCUGAGCUUGCUUUCAAAGUCUACAUGAGGAAGAGCACCCAGAAGAAGCCAGUGGCCAUUGGCUCAGCUGCACUCUGGUUACGUCAGGUUCUUGAGUCUGAGCUGCUCAGAGUCAGCUGUGAGGUAGCUGUGGAGAAAGAGGGAGCUCAGCCACAGGUUGGACCACUGAAGGUGUCCUUAGAGCUUGCAGCUGACAACAAAGACCUCACCCACACCACUGCCAGGUCCCCUGCUCCUGCCCAGCCAUUCCCAGCUCAUGCCAUAAGAAGUCCUCAGCAGGAGCCCACCAGGAAGUGUGGCAUUGGAGGAAGCCCUCCCAGCCUGAACCUUCCCACCUGGGAGGACUCCCCGAAGACAGCAGCAAGCAGCACAAAGCCUCCAUGGCCUGCACCAAGCUCUGCUGCCCAGAAGGUGGAGGCACAGCUCAGCAGGCCUGAAGAGGAAGGUUUGCUCCUGCACAUGCUGCUGAUGGUGCCUGAGGGCAAGGACUUUGUGGUGGAAGGCUCUGGGCUGCAGGGCUCUUGUAAUGUGUACCUGAACUGCAGGCUGCUCAGCUCUGAGGAGGCCACCAGCUCUGCUGUGGUUUGGGGCACCACACAGCCUGCCUUUGACUUCUCCCAGGUGAUGCCUUUUCCCUUGACUUCCAAACUCUUGGAGAGGCUGAAGAACAACGUCCUGGUCCUGGAAGCCUGGAACAAGAUGGGAAGCUGUGACAGGCUGCUGGGUCUGGUGAAGCUUCCUCUGCACCAGUUCUACAUCUCCUUCAAAGAUCCAAAGAUUUCUCACCUGCUCCUCCAAGCUCAGUACCCAGUGGUGGCUGUGGACAGCUACAUGCCUGUGGUGGAUGUCUUCACUGGCAGCAGAAGUGGCAGCCUGAAGGUCAUUCUGGCCAUGGGCUCAGCUGAGCAAAUUGUGGCCCUGCAGAGGCUCAAAGCUGAAGAAGGAAAGGUUCCUGCUGUGCCCCAGCAUGCAGCCCACUGCCUGGAUCCUGCUCCUCUGGACCUCACCAUGGUAUCAGAGGCAGAAGGGGAAGGUGUGAUGAUGGAGCACAUGUUUGAGAUCCAUGUGGAGAGCAUGAAAGGCCUCAGUCCCCUGCAGGCCACAGUCUGGGGAGAGGCUGACUGCUAUGUCCAGUACCGUUUCCCAGCUCAAGAGCCUGCUGCUGGCCCACUGCAAGGAGCUGAAUGGCCUGAGGAUGGCAUCCAGCUGAAGCCCUUCCGCACUGCCACCACCCUCUGUGUCCCUGAUCCCAUCUUUCAUGAUGGACAUCUGCAUUCUUUCCUGGUUCCUGCUGGUGUCCCAGUCCAGAAGCUCCUGCUCAGUGCAUUUAUGGCACCAGGAGGGAGUGGAGGAGGAAUCCAGUUUGAAGUUUGGUGCAGGUAUUACUACCCCAAUGUCAGGGACCAGAUGGUUGCCAAGGGGACCUUGCCCUUGUCCCGGCUCUGCGCCAUGGUCACCAAGCAGCACCGAGAGGAGGUUGGGAUGCAGACUUUUAAUCUUCCACUGGUCCCCAGGACUGAGCCCUCAGAGGGAUUUCAUCUCAGGUCUUCAGGCUUGCUUGAUGUGAGUGUGAGGUACCAAAGAUGCAUGAGGCCAGGAGCAGGAAGAUCUCCAGGUCAAGCUGUUGUCCUUUCUGUACAGAUCCACAGAGCAGCAGGCUUGCAAGCAGCAGCCAGAGCUGUGUGCCAGAGGAACCCUUCAGUGCAGUGCCCUGCAGAGCUGGGGGUCAACUCCUACGUCAGUGUCCACCUCCCCUUCCUGCCCCAGGCCGGCAGGCGCCGCACCCCGGCUGUGCCUUCCACCUUCUGCCCAGAGUUCCAGCAGCAGCUGCACUUCCCUUGCAGCCUCAUCAGCCACAGGAGUGGUGGGGAAGCUGCUUCCCUAGGGGAGAUCUUGCACUCUGCCAGGAUUGUCUUCUCCAUUUACCACCAGAGCACCAAGGCAGCCCCUGGCACCCUGGCAGCUCAGGCAUCAAGAGAUUCUCUCCUGGGGACUGUGACAAUUCCAACCAGGGACCUGCUGAGGCGAGCUUCAGGCAUUUCAGGCUGGUUCCCAGUGACCCUCUCUGAAGAUGUGAUGCCUUCAAGCUUCAUGCAGGCCAUUGUGGGAGGCCUGGAGCUCUCUGUCACCUUUGCUCAUCCUGAAGACCGAGGACGUGUCCUGGAGGCUGCCAAGCUCUUAGGCUGGAGUGAGGAAAGCCAUGAGGCCACCAUGGGUGACAGUGAUGAAUGGGAGGACAAUGCCCAGCCAGUGAUGGUGACCAUCUCCACCCCAAAACUGUGGCUGCCACUCCAUUGUGUGCUGCUUGCAGGCCAGAAGAACCUGGACCCAAACUCUUGUUGCUACCUCAGGUAUAAGCUGCAUGACCAGGAAGCCACUUGGACGUCUCUCCAGAGGCCCAAAAUGAGUCAGGACACCAAGAAGGUGACAGUCAGCUUCAAGAAACCAAAGAAGGUGACUCUCAGAAGGAGCCAAGGACUGCUUUGGUUCUUCAGAGAGGAGAAAUUAGAGAUCCAGGCGUGGUGGAGCUGUGGGAGAGGAGGUGCUGGGGGCAGACCCCUGGCUACGGAUCGGCUGCUCGGGUCAGCCUACGUCGACCUCUCAGCACUGGCAGAGAGGUCCUGGACAGCACAGAGUGUCAGUGGCCUCUAUCCCCUGUUCAGAAGCAAUGCUGCAGACCUGGCAGGAGCUGCCCUGCGUGUCCACAUCAUCCUGGCCUCCCCCUCUGCUGCUCUGCCCAGCAGCCCUCCCUGUGCUGAGGAGGACAACAGCAGUGAAGAGGAAGGCACAGAGAGAAGCCCUGAGGGGAUCCACCAGGAGACGUCUGACCAGCAGACACCCAACAGCAGAAGUCCAGAGCUCAGUGGUGGCAGCAAACCAGCAGGAGAUGAUUUGGAGUUCCUGGAGAGCACCUUUGCUGUCAGCAUCCUCGUGGAGAGAGCAAUGCAUCUGAGUUUGAAAGGGAGUCCUUUGACUGAACGUGAGGUGAGAGCCCCCAGCAGCUGUGUGUCCUUCCCUGUGGCUGGUGCAGAUGUUCCCCUCAGCACCUCAGUGGUAGAGAACACAGACUCACCCCUCUGGGACUUCCAGCAGCAAGCCAGGUUGUCCAAAGAGCUGCUGCUGGAUCCACAGCAGACCUUGGUCUUCAAGGUGUGGCAUAAAGCAGAGUCUGAGCGGGUGAUAGGGUUUGCCUCUGUGGACCUCUCUCCUCUCCUGGCUGGCUUCCAGCUGGUCUGUGGCUGGUACAACAUCAUGGACUUCAGUGGGCAGUGCAGAGGGCAGCUCAAAGUUGCUGUUUCCCCUCUGCAGAACAUCAAUCACCUGAAGGAGGAGAGGCAGGCAAGGAUCAGAGCCCAGCCAGCAACAUCUUCAGUGCAGGGCAGCUUCCCACCACUUCCCACUCAUGCUCCCAGCUUUUCCAAGCAGUUGGUGAACAGCUUGUCCAAGGAAGUCUCUGUUCCCACUCCAAAGAGUCCUGCUGGCCCCCAGAGGCCUCGGCACCAGGAGCACCUCCAGAACGUCCGCAGGUUCCACCUCUGCCUGCAGCAAGCAGGAGGCAACACUCACAGGGCAGCCAGGGUGGGCUCCUUGCCACCAUCACCAUCAAGAGCUGCUCUGCUGACAGCCCUCAGACAAAACCUGAGUGAGCUGGAUGAGGUCCAAAGCUACUUCAGGCAGAAGCUGAGCAGAUCCUUCCCUGACUUCACAGCCAGAGCAGGUGGUGAGGAGCAGGAGAGUGAUCCCCAGGGCUUGGUGAGCAAAGGAACAGAUCCCAAAGGAUCCCAUCUGUGGGAAAGGUCCAGCCAGUUGGUGUCCCAGGUCAGCAGCCUCCUCAAUGACCUGCAGACCAUCUCCAAUAGCAGCAGAGAGUCUCCUGCUGAGCCUCAGGACAGCAGCAGGAGGCUUGGUGCUCCCCAUCUGCCUGAGCAGGAGGCUGAAGAAGCUGGAGGUGAAGCACCUGCAGCCCAGCUGGAGUUGGACACUCCAGAGCCACCCUGCCUGGGAAGAUCUGUCUUUGAGAGACACAUGCUCCAUGAGCUGCUGGCCCAGGCUGUCCCUGAGGAUGAGGAUGGCUCUGCCCAGGGGGAUGAAGGCCCUUUCUCUGCCCAGCCAGCCAGUGAUGAAGAGUAUGAUGAAGACAUCAUAGAGCCACGAGCCCUUAAUGAGGUCACCACCAUGACAGACAGGACCAGCCCUUGGUCCAGUCUGCUCUCUGAAGGGGAGCAAGGUGCUGAGCACCACCUGAGGCCUGCAGAUCAACCCUCAGGAGGUGGUUGCCAAAGAGGAAGCAGCAGCAGCACCUCCUCCAGCCUGCUCCAAGGUGACCCCCAGGCCAUGCUCAGCACCCUCAGCGCCCCCCCAGAGCAGAGCAGUGCUUGGCUGGGGGCAGAAGGCUUCCAGAGCUUCAAGAGGGAAGCUGAAAGGACAGAGGAGGAGCUGCUGCAGCCUGCUCCUUUCUCAGAGGUGCAGCAGGGAGCUGCUGCUGCUCCUCCAGAGGAUGGGAAUUGGGCUGGGGGUGAAGCACUUCACACUCAACCUGUAGAGCAAAAUCAACCUCCUGGAGAACUGGAACUGCCCCCAGCUGUUGGUGUGACCAAUCCAAACCCCAUGGGAAGAGAGGAGCAGGGGAGCCUUGAGGCUGUACAGGAAGGUCAUCAAGGUGAAGAUGAGGAAGGAGGCUCUGAGGAGAUCUCUGUCAGGAGUGUGUCAGCACAGGCAGGCUCAGAAGGAAAUGGGGAAAGCUUUUCUGAUGAGAGCCAGGGAGAAGCCCUGGAGGAGUCAGAGAAGUCCACAGUGGUUUUACCUGAUCCUGUUGUUGUUCCAAACUUCUUCCUUCCCCCCCAGGAGAUGGAGGCCUCCCUGAGGCUGCUCAGCAUUUCUGCUCCACCUUCCACAGCUCUGAAGGCUGUGCCCAGGGGCAUCCCUUACCGGAGGCCAAACCAUCCCAGGCCUGCAGCUGCCCUCUCAGAGGAGGAGGCCAGAAGGAUUGCCAGGAUCUUCUCUGCCCAGCUCUCCAAGAAGGACUAACCCUGGCCACCAGCUG